GCCUCGCUCUCUAUAAAGCGUCAGUGAUUUUCCUUCGUAAAGGUUAAAUAAUUUCCUUUAUGUAUAGACAUUAAGGAGUUGCUCAUUUUUGUGGAAAACCUAUUAUAGUAAUGUAGCAUUUUAACUUUUCCUUAUAAAUAUAAAACUUUUUAAAAUGCCAGAGGAAAACGGACAUGUUAACAAAAGUUUUGAUAAAGUGCCAGAAAACUUGGAUGAAAUAAAACCCGAUCAUAAUGGAGUUGGCGAGAUUGAGCCGCCAAGUUUUGAGGCAGUGGAUGAAAGUAUGCCCACAAGAGCCUCCUGGGACAAACCAAUCGAAUUUCUGAUGUCUUGCAUCGCAAUGAACGUGGGUCUUGGGAACAUCUGGAGAUUUCCUUUUGUGGCAUACGAAAAUGGUGGAGGCGCCUUUCUUAUACCCUACGUUAUAGUAUUGUUACUAAUGGGAAGGCCCAUGUACUACUUGGAAGCUUGCUUAGGGCAGUUCGUUAGUAGAGGAAAUGUGAAGAUGUUUGAAAAUUUAGCUCCCGCUUUAAAAGGUAUCGGAUUUGGGCAGUUAACAGGCACAGUUUGUGUGGCAACUUAUUACUGCUAUCUCAUGGCAAUAACUUUGUUUUACUUAGCUAAUUCGUUUACGUCAGAUUUGCCGUGGGCAGUAUGUCGGUCAGAAUGGGAAACUGUUGACUGGGUAAAGAAUCAAAAUGUUUCCUGCAUUCCGUCAAAUUCUGAAGUAGCAGUUAAUACGUCAAAUAUGGGUGUGGAAAUGAGUUCUGCUGAAUUAUUUUUUAGGAUCAACGUGUUAAAAGAAUCCUCGGACAUUUCGAAUGGCUUAGGAGCCCCAGACUGGCAACUAACGUUGUGCCUCUUAGGUUCCUGGAUAGUUACAUUCGCAGUCGGUGCCAGAGGUAUCCAAAGUUCCGGAAAAGCCUCAUAUUUCUUAGCAAUAUUUCCGUACGUCGUACUUUUCGCUUUACUAAUUAGGUCUGUUACUCUUGAUGGAUCAGGCACGGGAAUUUUAUACUUUAUCAAUCCCAAGUGGGAUAUGUUAUUAAACGCUAAGGUAUGGUAUAAUGCUGUUACGCAAUGUUUCUUUUCUCUCAAUAUAGGAUUUGGAUCAAUUUCAAUGUACGCUUCUUACAGUGGUUUCAGACAUAACGUUUACAGAGAUGCAAUGAUUGUUACCACAUUAGACACUUGCACCUCAAUUCUGGCAGGAACGAUAAUCUUUGGAAUAUUAGGAAACUUAGCGCUUAAAAUGAAUGUUGAGGUGUCCGAUGUAGUAAAGUCCGGAGGAACUGGGCUUGCAUUUAUUUCGUAUCCUGAGGCUAUUGCCAAAUUUGAAGCAGUCCCAUGGCUUUUUUCAAUUUUAUUCUUCGUUAUGUUAUUUGUGUUAGGAGUAGGAAGCUUAAUAGCCUUACAGGGGUGUGCUUUCACAGUUAUUAUGGAUGCUUUCCCGCAUUUAAAAAUUUGGCAUGUCUCUUUAGGGACUGCUGUUGGAGGAUUCAUCGUUGGACUGGUUUAUGUUACUCCAGGUGGUCAAUGGAUAUUUACGAUGGUCGAUUUUUAUUGCGGUACAUUUAUUUUUUAUAUAAUGAAUAUUUUGUCUAUAAUUGCCAUAGUAUGGUGGUACGGUUUGGAAAAUUUGUGCCUUGAUAUUGAAUUUAUGACCAAAAACAAGCCUGGAGUUUACUGGAGGAUCUGUUGGCUUAUUCUUGUGCCGAUCGUACUUAUUCUUGUUUUGAUCUAUUUUUUGGUCACUUUCGAGGCGCUUACAUAUGAGAAAAAAGAGUUUCCUGCAAAUAUUAUUGUGUGGGGUUGGAUUUUACUAGGAUUCGGAAUUUGCCAGCCGCUCAUAUGGUUUAUUUUUCAUUAUUUUGUAAUCAGAAAGGAUUUUGAAUCGAGCAAAUUGGCCAUCUCGUCGAUGUUUAAACAUACAGACUGGGGACCAAAAGACGCAAUCCGUCACAGAAAAUGGACCGAAUUUAAAACUCUAAAAAAAGCAGAUAGAAAAAUGAAAUUAAGAAACAGAUUUAAGGAUAAACUUUGUAUUUUAAUAGGAAAAUAAAAAUGUUAAAAUAAUUUAAAUAUGAAAA